AUGGCAGUGUGGCAUCGCCAUGUCGCUGGACGCACCUGUACGUGUUUGCUUGCCGCUUUGUGGUUACUUCCUCCGCGAAGUACGACUUGGUCUGCCGGAUUCACCAACGCUUCAGUCGCCCCGGCUCGACCUUUGCUGCAGCGGCGGGCAUCCGACUUGGAGGAGCGCAGGGCCAAGUGUCCUUUGAGCCAGGAGCAGCUAGAAAGUGACCAUGGAGACAAGUGGGAAGAUGUGCGGGAUAUUCUCGUCGGGCUUCGGGCAUCAAGCCCUGAAGCCAUUAUGCGGGCUCGUUUCACUGCUCUCCGUUUUCAAGACCCCCAGUUCCUCGCAGCCACCGAGAAGGAUGACAACCAGUCAAUCAGAGACCGUGCAAAGCAGUGGUCACUACUCCUGGGCUUAGAGGAGAUGGGCAUGUUCGACAAGAUGAUGAAUCUCAACAGCGAUGCUUUCAAUUUGAGAGAGCCUGCUGGCUUCGAAGUCCUGUCGGCUGACGGCGAGUGGGUCGAAUUCAAAAUCGUUUGCUCGUCCAAAACAUUGACGGAAAAGAGCCGCUUCGUCAAAGACAGAAAGUAUGGCUGGAUUUAUGGUGGUGAGACGGAGUACAGCCAAUGGUCAUAA